AUGGAGCCGGUGCGGAAGAACCACACCUUGAGCUCUGACUUUGUUAUCCUGGGCUUUGGGGAGAUGGCUGACCUGCAGAUCCUCUUUUUUGGACUCUUUCUGAUCAUGCAUCUUGUCACCCUGGCAGGGCAUGCAGCGAUUGUGCUCAUCACCCUCAUCGACUCUUGCCUCCAGACCCCCAUGUAUUUCUUCCUUCGAAACCUCUCUGCCAUUGAAAUCUGCUACACGUUGGUUAUUGUCCCCAACAUGCUAGCCAAUUUCCUGUCCAGGAGCCAGCGGAUGCCCUUCCUGGCCUGUGCGCUGCAAAUGCACCUCUUCAUCGCCCUGGGCGGGGCCGAGUGCUUCCUCCUGGCCGUGAUGGCCUAUGACCGCUUCGUGGCCAUCUGCAACCCCCUGCGCUACGCACUCCUCAUCACCAGGGGCCUCUGCCUGCGGAUGCUGGCCCUGGCCUGCACCAGCGGCUUUGCCCUCUCGCUCACCCUCACCACACUGAUAUUCCUGCUGCCCUUCUGUCAGUCCCACGAGAUCAACCAUUUCUUCUGUGACAUCCCCGCUGUGCUCUUCCUGGCCUGCUCGGACACGCGAGCCAACGAGGUCGCCAUCUUCGUUGUCUGCAUGCUCAUCCUCUUGAUUCCCUUCGUGCUGAUCCUGCUCUCCUACGCGUUCAUCAUCGCUGCUGUUCUCAAAAUGCACUCCGCUGAGGGCAGGAGCAAAGCCUUCUCCACCUGCACGGGCCACCUGCUGGUCUCUCUUCUGCACUACGGCUGUGCCAUCUUCAUCUACAUUCGCCCCAAGUCGUGCUACACCCCAGAGCAGGACAAAAUCGUGUCCUUAGUCUACACCAACGUGACUCCCAUGCUCUACCCUAUGAUCUACAGUCUGAGGAACAAGGAAGUGAAGGGUGCCCUCAGGAGACUGCUGGAGAGCCACGGCCACUGA